AUGUCCGUUGAUAUUGACUGGGAAAAGCUUGAUGCCGAACUAUCUCAACAUGUGCAACAUUUUCUCAACAGGCACUUCCAAUCCAUCACUAAGCCAUCAUUCAUCGGCGAUAUUGAAGUAACUGAUUUUGAUUGGGGCAGUGAGGCUCCUCGAAUCGAAAUUACCAAUAUAACUGAGCCGUUCCCUGAGUUUUACGAGAAUGAAGACUUGGAUGCAACACCUCCAGACGAUAAUAUAAAUACUACAACCUCACCAUUGAGUUCGAUACCUACGUCUCAUUCCAGACUUAACACAGCUCACUUAGAUAAUCAUGAAACACAAAGUCCUGACUUAUCAACACUUCAUUCACAACCGUUACUGGCUCCUCCGUCACCAAGCGAUUACUUUGCUGACUAUAGCACUGGGACCAAUGGCAACUAUAGUAAUAACAAUGCGGCAAGGUUAUCCUUGAAUUCUCAACUCUCUCAACAACAAAGAUUCAACUUUAUGCACUCUUUUCAUCGUUCUCCGUUUGUGGCUCCUCAACAUCCCUUCAACAACAAUAAUAACCAGUAUGGACAUGCAUCCAAUUAUAGUAGCGGCGGUAAUAUGAACAGAUCGAGUUACUACAGUAACAUUGGUGCACAACAACCAUCCUCAUAUUUUAGCUCGCUCUCACCGCCCUUACUGCCGCCUGGUUGGAAUAUGUCACGACCUGCUUCCACGUUCGAAGAAGAGUGGAUUGAUGAUGAAGAUAUCAACCCGAUUUCUACCGACCCUUCUUUUGUAUCAGAACCCAAUGCUGCAGAUGGCGUCGCCACCAACUGCAAUACUACUACUGCUACUACUACAAAAGCAAACAGCAGCAAUCUCACCAACUCUGCUGGAUUAGACAAAAAGUUAACAGAGAUGGAUUUUCAAGUGAAUAUGCUGAUAUCGUAUAAAGGAGAUAUGAGUAUGAAAGUUAUUACGGAACUAAGGAUGAAUUACCCUAGUGUCAUGUUUAUGAGUUUACCUAUUCAUUUACAUGUACGCUCCGUGGAGUUUGAGGCCACAGCAGUAGUAGCAUACAUCCAAAGCAUGAAAAGGGUUUGUGUUUCGAUGUUGGAACCUGAAGAGAAGAACCACGAUGGAAUCGCUUGUCCCAGUUCAGGAAUGCCAGGUCCAUCUUCGACAACAGCAGCAGGCAGAGGAAAAGAUAUUAGUAUGGAUAGUUUAUUGAAAAAUGUACAUAUAGAAACAAUUGUAGGAGAUGAACAAAAACAAGUGUUGAAGAAUGUCGGUAAAAUUGAGAAGUUUAUAAUUGAUCAACUCAGAAAAAUUGUAGAUGAUGAACUUGUAUUUCCCAGUUAUCAACUCAUUCAAUUAGGUUGA